GGGGUCCAAUGUAUCCAAUUACUGGAAACUCACCAGGCCUUGAUAAACGAACACUGGACGUCCUGGGGAAAGGCCCAUACAUUCGUCUUGUGGAUCUGUGCUGGGAUAGGGCACUGCUGUCCAUCCGGGACCUGCUUCCUCACAGAACCCCCUUGACAAUGGAGUUGUUCAGAUACAAUCAACAUCGACACUUCUCCUCCUCAGUGAUGAUUCACCUGUUCGAUUUACACAAACAGCUACUACUCGUGGAGGAGAUGUAA